ACUGUGUGAACCAAUAGGGAGGCGAGGAAGACGCCGGAAGUAGUUUUAUGUUUCGAGACGGAGAACGGAGGAACAGAGGGAAGAGUGGGACGUUGAGUGGGAGACUCAGUUAGUACUUUUAAUCUGCCACAAUGGGUGAACCUCAGCAAGUGAGUGCCCUCCCUCCUCCUCCGAUGCAGUAUAUUAAAGAAUAUACAGAUGAAAAUAUUCGGAAAGCUGCGGCCCCUAAGCCUCCUCCACCUAUUAAAGAUAGCUAUAUGAUGUUUGGAAACCAGUUCCAGUGUGAUGACCUCAUUAUACGACCUUUGGAAAGCCAAGGCAUUGACCGUUUGCAUCCCAUGCAGUUUGACCAUAAGAAAGAACUGAGGAAACUCAACAUGUCUAUCUUGGUCAAUUUCUUGGACCUCUUGGAUAUAUUGAUAAGGAGCCCUGGCAACAUAAAACGGGAGGAGAAGCUGGAAGACUUAAAAUUGUUGUUUGUUCAUGUACAUCAUCUGAUAAAUGAAUAUCGGCCCCACCAAGCCAGAGAGACAUUGAGGGUCAUGAUGGAGGUGCAGAAACGUCAGCGUCUGGAGACAGCUGAGAGAUUCCAGAAGCAUUUAGAGCGUGUUGGUGAAAUGAUACAGAAUUGCCUGACCUCUUUGCCUGAUGAUUUGCCGCAUUCAGAUGGAGGAAUGAGGGUAAAAACUGAACCCAUGGACAUAGAGGACAACAACAAUUGCAUUGGGCAGAAGGAGCAGCAGAGAGCAAGUUCUAGCAUCAAGAAGGAUCAGGUUUUGGAUAAAGAUGCUUCCAUGUGCAUUAUUAUUGAUGAAUUGACAUGAAAAGAGGGCUUUUGUGUCAGCAUAGUAAGACCUUGUGAAUAAGACUGAAGCUGAUGCUAAAGAAUUAGAUACACUUUUUUUCUUCUAUACUGCCUUUAUAUAGCAAUAAACAAUCAUGGAACAUAGUCUGUAAGAGACAAUAAACCAAAUGAUGUAUUUAUUUAGCUUUUCAGUGUGUACUUUGUGUUUUUUAAAUUUGUUUUUAAAGGAAAGAAGUAUAAUAGCUUAUUGUUCUGCUGGGGCGGGGGGAAUUAGUCCAUGUCCGUUGUUCACUAGUUCUAAAGCAUCACUAGUCAUUUCUCAGCUUCCAUUGUUAACUUCUUCUAUUCAUGCAUGUGAGAAAUGCUGUAAUGAAUCUGAAUCUCUGAUGACUUACAUUUUUCUUUGUUGUAGGCAAAGCCAAGCGAUAUACUGCUAUAUUACAGAAGUUAUAUCUGUAUACAGUUAUACAUAAUUACAGUUCUGUAUCUAUAAUUUCUGUUAGAAAGUAGCCAAAUAUGGAUACAUUAGUUGCCAGCAACAGUGCUUCUGCAUAUAUGAAGAUUUUGGUGUUUAAUUUGAACUUUUAAAUAAAUAAAUAAAUAAAUAUUGGUUGUCUGUUCAGAAGAGUGUACUUAAAAAUAAUUCAGUUUUGAUAAAAAUCUGUCUUGGGUGCUUUGUCUCCAUGCCAGUCUAGCUUGGAUCUAGAGGAUGAACUCUUGCCAUAUGUGAAAAAAAUAUCUUCUCUACUGCUUACUCUGGGAAGAAGAAAGUUGACGUAAUAAGCUUAUAGUGCAAUCCUAUGAUAAGCUGCUCAGAUCUCAAACCUACUGAUUUUAGUGGCCUUAGGACUAACUGCAUAGGAUUCCACUGUUAAUCACAGAAUGCAGUAAAACAAGGAGACAAAAAUGAGUGUCAGUGUAAAGUUUUUUCUUACAUGUCAUCAGUGAUCUAAUGGAAACGUUGCUUUAUGGAAGCUGCCGCAGUUCAUUUUUCUGUGCCCAGCUAGAUUUUAAAAGCCCUCUUUAAGGUCACAUGUGUCUUUGAAAGCUAUACAUGUUGUAUAUGUAAUUUCUUUCCAUGAAAUACUUGCAACUGUUUGGGUUUAAUUGAAAAGCCUUGUGUUAAUUUGAGUGCAUUAAAUUUCUACAAACUUGA